CUUCCUGUACAUUCUGUUCCCUUAGUUAUUCUCAGUUUUACUGUAUCUGUAGAUAUGAUCUGAAGAGACAACUCUUUCAAUGGAACAGUUUAAAUUGCUUGCAGAAGUACUUCCGAGAGAUGUUGCAGUGUUUGCGUUUUGUAUCCUCCCUAGGUGUUGGAAUGGACUCCUGUGUAAUCCCUUUGAGGCAUGGUGGGCUCUCCCUUGUACAAACUACAGACUUCUUUUAUCCACUGGUGGAAGACCCCUACAUGAUGGGCCGCAUUGCCUGUGCCAACGUUCUGAGUGAUCUCUAUGCCAUGGGCAUCACAGAGUGUGACAACAUGCUUAUGCUACUGAGCAUCAGCCAAAAAAUGACUGAGGAGGAGCGGGAGAAAAUCAUGCCGCUGCUAAUCAAGGGCUUCCGAGAUGCAGCAGAAGAUGGUGGAACUUCAGUAACUGGUGGGCACACAGUCUUAAAUCCUUGGAUCAUUGUUGGCGGGGUGGCAACAGUUGUUUGCCAGCCAAAUGAAUUCAUCAUGCCAGACAGUGCAGUUCCAGGGGAUGUCCUUGUACUGACCAAACCACUAGGGACUCAAGUGGCUGUGAAUGCUCACCAGUGGCUGGAUAAUCCAGAACGGUGGAACAAGAUCAAGCUGGUGGUUUCCAGAGAAGAUGUUGAACUAGCCUAUCAAGAAGCCAUGUUUAGUAUGGCCAUGCUAAACAGAACAGCGGCCAGUCUGAUGCACACUUUCAAUGCUCAUGCAGCCACAGACAUUACGGGCUUUGGAAUUCUGGGCCAUGCACAGAACUUGGCCAAGCAGCAGCGCAGUGAGGUAUCAUUUGUCAUCCACAACCUGCCCAUCAUAGCCAAGAUGGCUGCCAUCAGCAAAGCAUGUGGCAACCGGUCUAGGCUCCUGCAAGGAACAUCCCCAGAAACAUCUGGUGGCCUGCUGAUCUGUUUACCUCGGGAACAGGCUGCUCGCUUUUGUGCUGAAAUCAAGUCUCCUAAAUACGGAGAAGGACAUCAAGCCUGGAUCAUUGGCAUUGUGGAGAAGGGCAACCAGACGGCCCGCAUCAUUGACAAACCUCGUAUUAUUGAAGUGACACCUCGUGGGGCCAGUGCCUCCCCUCAGGAUAACAAUUCCAGUGCCAGCCCUGAAGCCGCCUCAUGAGGUGGCAGAAUGGCUUUCUUCUGUCCACUGUAGAUUCUAGGCAUGAAAGUGCAGCAUGCUGAUGUUCUGGAUCAAUGUGCCCUCACUUUCUAUUCUAGCACAGUGAUCCCCAGAACACAAUCUCUUUACUUGUUGAUGGCUCAUUUCUUCCUGUCAUCUGAAGGUGUGAUUACUUUUAAAGCUAUUUCCUACAAGCAGGUAAAUUGCUUAGCACUGUUUGAUCUGAAGAAGAUAGUAACUUGAAUUAUUUAUUGGGAUAGUUCUGCCUGUUCUUGAACUCACACCGCUUUUUGGUCAGACUGAGCAGCUGGUCCAAAAGGAAAGUGGGUUGUUUAAAAAGCCAUUUGGCUGGGGUAGAGGUCUCUCCUCUUUCAUGAAGCACCUCCUUUAAAAGCCAUUUGUAGCUUUAGGAGGAGCAGAGGAGCCUUAGAGGAGUAGCACCAAGCUCAGCUUCAUGGAUUGUCCUUUCGGUUGUAAAUUAUUGGUGAUUGCAUUAAUUAAAAAAAGUUGAUUUCUA